CUGACUUCGAUAUGACUUCUUUAUCGGAUAUGCGGAAUAUAUUUGUAACAAAUCUUGAUGAUUAUUCUGUCUCAGAUGAGUCGAAUGUUGUUUUACUGAACUGAAGAUAACGUUAUUGAAAGAACUGUACUAUGGAUUAAUCCUGAGAACCUUGCGCUGCGAUUAUGAUUACCCAGUAGACAUAUGUAGGUCACCUGUUUUGUGCUUUGCUGUCUUUAUUUCUAACGGUACUUUACGAGUGGCGUCAAUACCUUAAAAACGAGUCGUGAGUUGAGGCCACCAAUCAUGUGAGAGGCGGUAAACGCCGCACGACCCUUAUCAUAUCCACCCGUCCAGGAUAAUGCCAAGCCAAGAACGACGCAAGUCGCCGGAUGCUGAAGAGAGUAAGAACUUAAGUCAACUGCUACAGCUGAUUAACACACCUGCCAGUAAACAACAGUUGCCGUCGUUGGAGUUGAAGCCAUGCCAAUCAGAGAAGUACCUCCCCUGGCCCCUGCCACACCCAAAGUCUGGGGCUCACCAGCGAAAAUCUUCCGAGGCUGUAGCAAUGGAAAAAUUCAGUCACAAAUAUCAGUCGGAGAGGAAUUUUUACAAGCACACACAACAUAAAUGGUUUUCCUCCCUAUUUUCGGCCCUCGUCAAGCAGAGAUUAUGUUGUCCAACAUGGAUAGGGCAUGCUCCCCCAGAAAACAUACUGUUACUUGUUACAUGUUUGAGAAUACUGAUGAGGGAUUAUGCUUACCAUCAACAAUUUUUCGAUCUUGGAGGACUCAAAGUGCUUGCAGAACAUUUCCGAAAAGCCGCAGACAGUUACCUGAUGGAUGACCGAAGUCCAUAUGUAGUGGACAUUCUCAAGGAAAUGACCAAUAUCUUCCAGAAGUUAUCAACGGUGGAGUCACAAAGGGCGUGGCUUAUAGAGUACGAUGCACAUGCAGCGUUGGUGAUGUUGUUACAUGCUACAGACGUGGUUGUAUUACACUGUUCACUACAUGCCCUCUAUGGCCUGGCUAAGAGUGAUGGCCCACGAAAAAUGAUCGGAGAGUCCAACUCAAUAGAACAGUUACUGCUGAUCAUCCAGGAGUAUGAUAAUGUAGCAAAGAGGUUAGCGGCCCAGCUGUUGAAGUCACUGUGUCACGAUUUUCAGAGUCGAGAGAUGGUGAGGUCGUAUGAUGGGAUACCUAUUCUACUAAGUCAGCUACACUGUGACAAUGUGCAUCUCCUACUUCCUGUUGUCUGGUGUCUUGUCCAGCUGUGUGAGGACCCAACCGCCAGCAAGGAGAUCAAACAAAUGGGGGGCAUUCCCCUGCUCUUAUCUCUUCUGCAUGACCGGACAUUUGUGACGGAACGGACAGAAACAAGUGAAGGAGCUGCCAGUGCUGGUCCACAUGGCAGAACAGUAGAUGAUGCAAUAUGGGAAAAUUUUCCCUCUGAGAUGAAAGAUUCAGCCUCCAAGGUAGAAGAACUCAUGGAACAACAGUAUUCUUUAAAAACAGCCUGCUGUGCGGCGCUGACAGAACUAGUCAUGAAUGAUGCCAAUGCCUAUGAGAUAGCCCAGGCCAAUGGCAUCUACUCCCUCGGUCUGCUCAUCCUACCCCCACCCAAAGAUUGUGGGGAAAAGGAGCGAAAGGGCAUCGUCAGUCUUCAGAGAAGUGCCUACCGGACACUGAGGUUCUUGUUCAGUAUGGAAAGGAACAGGAAGCUAUUUAAGAUGCUCUUCCCACCCCACAUGUUUGAGAAGUUUAUCAGUAUUGGUCAUUACAACCGCGAUCUGAAGGCCUAUAUCCCCCUGGUGGAAGCCAUCAACAGUCUCCCUGGUGCUAAAGUUGAGGAGAUAAAGAAUAAUAUUAAGGAGACUAAUCACAACAAGACUGCGAGUCGGUCUAUUGGAGAGUACGAUGUGUUUGAUCUGCUGGGCAAGGGCGCCUUUGGCUCGGUGUACAAGGUCAAGAAGAGGACUGCUGGUCAGUCCUUCCUGGCCCUGAAGGAGGUAAACAUAGACAACCCUGCCUUUGGUAACAACAUCACGGAUCAGAAACAGAGCGUGGGCGAGCUGAUGAAUGAGAUCUCAAUCAUUAGGGAACAGAUGAAGCACCCCAACGUUGUCAGAUACCACAAAACAUUCGUGGAACAUGAGAGGUUAUACAUAGUCAUGGAGCUAAUUGAGGGAGCACCUCUAGCCGAACACAUCAACUCUCUCAAGGAAAAACGUGAGAAUUUCCCUGAAGAACGUAUCUGGAACAUUUUCAUGCAGAUGGUGUUAGCUCUGCGGUACCUCCACAAGGAGAAAGGCAUUCUACACAGAGACCUGACACCCAACAACAUCAUGCUGGGCGACAGUGAUGACAAAGUCACCAUCACGGACUUUGGACUAGCCAAGCAGAAGAGGACAGACUGCAGUAAGAUGACCUCGGUAGUGGGCACGAUCCUGUACUGGUGUCCCGAGAUUGUUCAGAAUGAGCCAUAUGGGGAGAAGGCAGAUGUGUGGGCCCUCGGUUGUAUCCUGUAUCAGAUGUGCACUCUCAAGCCUCCGUUCUUUAGCGACAAUAUGCUCAGGCUUGUCACCAAGAUCGUGGGUGCUAACUAUGACCUAAUACCAGAGGGGCAGUACUCAGACAGACUCAUCAAAAUGAUCAGCAGCUGUAUUUGUCAGUCCUCCGAGAAGAGACCAGACAUUGUGGAGCUAGCAGGAAUGAUGGCGGACAAACUUCUUGUCCACAUGGACAGUCUGCGCACAAACCAGAUCUCAAUGGAGAAGAAGCUUGAGAAGGAGCGUUUAAAGGCCCAAAGACAUUACUUUGAGGCCAACGAGAACAUGCAGAACUACCACCGUCUGUUCCUGGUGUCCAAGGAGAGGUAUGACCGCCUCGCCAACCUGGCAGGGAGUGGAGGUGCUGCAGGACUCAAAAAUGGGGAGGUGCUUGAUCCAUCACUAGUGGACAUUGAUUUCAGCUCGCCUGCUGGCUCCAUGUGUGUGCCGACCUCUAUAGAUAUGGACGUUGACCGGGGCACAGGUUGGACGAGUGAUGAUGAGAGUUACCCCAGCAGCGGUAGCGAGAGUCGAGAGAGCAGUGCUGGCAGUACCCGGUCUCAGAGCCGUGCUAACCUGCGCAAGGCCUUGCCAAAACCUCCCACCACACCCAAACAGGCACGGAGAGACCGACCAUCUCGCAGUUCCACUACCACCUACAGUCCACUAGUUCUCGACAUCCCCAACACACCAAAGACGAGUCGUGACUCCGGGUUCAGUUCUGGCGACCCGUCCCCUAACAAUAGUAAUGUACACCAUAGUGUUGGGCCUCUUGAUCCAAUCACCAACGGCCCCUUACAGGCCCUCAGCUGUCGCAAGUUCUCCCGCUCAAACAGUACACCUUCCUCAUGCUCACCUGCACGCAAAAAGAAACACAGCAAGCGGCCAAAUAGUGCUAACACACCAACACUGACCAUCUCCCAGCGUCGUGUACGCCAAAUCAGUGAUCCGAUUCUUCAGAUGUUACAUCAGCUUCACAAAAUCAUCUACAUAUCUCAGCUGCCUCCGACAUUGUGUCCUGAUGCCAAGCGACGGAGGAUAGAGAGAUACAAAAGAGCCCUAUUUGCCACACACAGUACUACCUUCAACCUUAAAAGUGAACUGAAAAAGUUGAUGUCGGGAUCAAGGGAGAUUAUCGACUUUAAUCUUGGGCCCUCGGAUUCCAAGCGCACUGGGUCUGCAGGUUCCACCAAGUCUUUGGAGACUGAAACUGGCAAUGGAAACAUCACAGAAAGAUUAACAAGCAAUCAGUGGGAGGCUGACCCAAAGGAUGGCGGAAUAACAUACGAACAGCUACAGAACAUGAUAGAGAGCACACUUCUCUCCUGUGGGUAUUACAACAUGUCACCAAUCGCACACGAAAAACACUCACCACUCGGACCAAUCAGUGUUGACCUUACAAACAGUCGUAAGUAUGAAACGCCGAGGUAGCAGUGACUGUGGAGCUCUAAACCAAUCGGAGCUGCUGUCACAAACAGUGGGAAGAGUCCAUCACCGACACUUUAACCACAUCAGAGCUGCCCACCAAUGAUGUAAGCCGUUACAAAAACUGUGAACCUAUCAAAGUCAGUCUACCAGACAAGCAGGAAAAGUAGACAGUGAGAGCUACCAACCAAACAGUGCUAAGUUAUUAAGUUAAUAAACUGUCAUUUGAAAUACUGGAGCUGUUGGACUGUCGUUAAACUGAGACGUGUUCAGUAGUUUAGAGGUCCUUCUCAAACGAAGCUGUGCAGAAAUCCAAUCAAAACAGUGAUUAAAAAUGAGGUAGGAAGUCUGCAAGAUUUUGAAUUUGAUCUAUAGGAAAAUAACUAGAUUUUGAUCCAGUGACUGUAAGGAUCAAACAAGUGUUUAAGGGAAGGUGUACACACCUGUAAAGGAUAAUCAUACUUACAUGGAUGUAUCCAUUGUCCCUUUAUGGAACUUUGUUGAUAAUCAGGUGAUGAAGUACUGUGUUAGGAUCCUUAGGGAACGUGUUAGUGAUCGUAACAUGCAGAGUAUGGAUGUGACUUUGAAAACCCAGUGUAUUUACCAAGUCUUUCCGUCCGUCCUAUGUUACAUUCCAGUUCUGCAUCACAAUUAUUCUCAUGGUUCAUUCCGGUUUUGCUUCAAAUUUAUCAACGUUUUUUCAUCUGUCAUAAAAUUGCAAUCAGCCAAUUUGAUCAUUGUGUUUUACUUAAAAUUAAACACACAAAAGGAUGCAAUACAUUUUUUUCUGCAUACAUUUCUUUUACUUUUUAAUGUUUAUAUUAUAUGAACACAAAGAAGUUGUCAUUUCCAAGCCAUUUUGAUUUGUUUUAUUUGUAUUCAUCCCAAAAUGUAUAGGAUAAGAGAUAUUUAGUUAAUGUUGGUUUUCAUUUGAGACACAGGACAGUCCAAAGCAUGUUUCGGUAGUUAUUUUGAAAGCCUCCAAUAUUUCUUUUUUUUUUCAAUUUGAGGUUCCAAAAAGAUUGUGUUCCUCAAAUCAGGUUGUCGGCACUGUUUUCAAUGUGCUGUGUCUCGUUAUAUAGAUAUAAAUUAUUAAUAUUCUAUUCCGAUUGAUUGUUGCCAGUAAAUGAUUCGUUGUUGUUGAUCCCUGCUGUGGUAUAUUCCCAUUGUAUUUUGUAUUUGUUGUGUGAUGUUUAAAUUGUGAUGACCCCAACUCAUUCCAUCUCACUUACUGGUAUUAUAUUGUUAUUAAGAGAUAAACAAAUCUUUAUACAUACAACAUAACUUAUGAUUCCAUACUUGUCUUUGAAGUGCUGUUUUGUACAUAUGAAAUUUUAUGUCAAGUUGACCAACUUGUAACCUAAUGAGUUGUUAGUGCCGUCCAUAUUUAUAAACUUUUUUGUCGAUUGUAAAUAUUGAACUUGUUUAGUCCUGUAAAUUAUUAGUGUUGAUGAAUUCUGAAUAUCAGAAUAUGCUGAUUCUUGUGUAUAUGAUAUUUAUUUCAGGCAAAUCUAAUCUAAUAUAUAUAUUUAAUUGUUAAUUGAUAUAAAUCAAUCUUAAUUAUUUAUUAAUUAAAUUGUAAUUCAUGUUCCAUUUAAUGGGAAAAUGAUGUGAAGUUUAGCCUCAUUUUAACACUACUGUCCUAAACCUGAUGUUACCAUAUUAUAGUCUUGGUUUAGCCUAUGAUUUAUGAUUACUUGAGGUUCUGUUUAGACAGGUUCUUAUUAGACAGGUUCUGUUUAGACAGGUUGUGUUGUAAAACAGAGGUUUGUUUUCUGUAGGCAUUAUGAAAUCAGUCUAAUCAGUAUUAUUGCCAAAAAUGUUUUGUCCGAACAUCAAUCUUUAUAAAUUAUUAUUUAAAAUGUUAUUCCCAUAUUUCUACCUAGCCUUGAUGUGGACACAAUUGCUUGGCAUGGUGUUAAGUGAAAUUUCGAAGAAAAUUCAUUGUUUAAUCGCUAAAAGGUGGUUCAAGUAGAAAAGUAGGAUACGCAUAAGUGUGUUAUUUAAUUCAGUCUUAAUAUAAAAAUGUGAGUCUACCGUCCUUUUGUUAUCUACAAAAUUAGAUUCUGUUUUUAGAAACUUUGAACAAUUCUUUAAUUAGGGAAAUAGAGUAUAAAAAUUAGUUUGAAAGAAAAAAGAACAAACGUUUAUUUUAUUUGUAUAUAUUUGAACAUGUUUACAUGAAAUCCAAUUAUUUACAAUUAUUUAUUUCCAGUAUCUACACUGUUUACUUUUUUACUGAUUCAAAUUACAUUCCAUUAAAUUUGAAUAUACAACCUAAUUUAGUCAUCAUAAUAAUAAAAAAGAUGUCCAUUUAUGCAUUUUCUGUGCAAAUUAACAAACCUUUAACUUAUACUAGUUAUAGUCAACUAUAUGGACAUGUCGGUUUUGAAUAUUUAUUUUUUUAUUCAUUUUAAAUAUGUCUCAAUUUCAUAUAAAAGAUCAUAUUCACAUGUAUGACUUUGCAAUGGGGUUUUAAUCUGGCCUUCAAAGCUGUUUGUUUAUAUUUAUUGAAAUCCGUAUAACAAUUUAACUAGCUGUACCGUCCACAUUCCAUGAAACUGGUCAGGUUAAUUUAUAAUUUACUGAAAUCCUUGUUUGACUAAUAUAUUUACUGUUGUUUACCGUCCAUGCUAAUCCAUCCCACCGAAUCAUGUCGUUACAUUUUACAUCGGUCAGUUUUGUUUUUAUCAUAGAUAUAUACAUUUUAUUUUUUUGUGAAGAUGGAAGAAUACAUUUGCUGCAGUACAUGUAUAUCCAAAUAUGAUGUUAGUCGAAAAUGAUUAUAUUUUCUUUGCCUCUAUGGUUAAGGUAUGUUAACAUAUUGAACUCUCAAAGUUAAUUGAAGCAAAAUGUAUUUCUCGUUACUAUAAGAAUCCAGCUCUAUGAAUAAUGAUAGGAGAUAUCCAUAAAAGAAAAUUCAUGUACGAAUUUGACGAAAGCUCAUUUACAGCUAUGAAUUUAAUUCUUAGAUUUGAAUCUUUAAACAUGUCAUUGAUAAUUCUUAGACUAGAUAUGCAUCAAAAUCCGAUUGUUUAAGUUGACAUAGAAAUGUACAUUUCAUAAUUUCCACCGUCUUAUGUCAUCCAUUUUCAUAGAAUUGACUACUUUAGUUUGUUUUUGCGUGUUCAUUUCCAUUUAUCAUUACACUUCAUGACAUCAUAAACUGCAACAUCAGGUUUGCCGUCCAGGCCCUUUGUUGGGCUACAGUUUGUCUCCUAUGUUCCUUGUGUUAAUGUUUUUAUUUAUUUUGUAAACAGACUGAGCACAUCAUUAUGAUGUGUUAUAUUGUAUGAUUACCUCAUACGACAUAUGAUGACCUCAUACGACCAGUUAUUAUGACUUAUGAAUAAAUUUCAUAUAUGAACUUUUAAA